AUGCCCUUUGGACGCAAGUCACCGCUGGAGGCUCUCGCCCUACCCGGCGUUAUGCUCGCCUACAAGUACAGCCAGUUCCGGCAACGCCGCCGGGAGGCCGCCAGUCGUCGUGUCACCGAACGGGAGCUCUCGGCACUGCAUCAUAAAAUUGACAAGUUGCUGAGCAAACUUGAGGAGGAGAGCGAACCGGAUCCGCCUACCUCGCAGGAGGAUGAAUGUGUGAUCUGCAUCAAUGCACGCGCCACAAUGCAGACCUCGCCGUGUGGCCAUCGAGUUGUCUGCCGGCGUUGCUUUGUCAAGACCAUACAGAGUGCGGUGGCCCAACGACUGCUGCCUCUGCGGUGCGUGAUCUGCAGGGCGCGGGUGAACAGACUGACGUCGUCAUCGGGCAGCUGGCGCAUACAGGAGUCGGCCAGCAGUUACUCCAUGGGUGCCAAAAGCUGGGCCUCAGCGGGUGUACACGCUGGCGGCGUGGUCGCUUCAGCCAGCUCCUAUUCCAUGAAUGAUGCACACAGCGAACACCAUGCAUUCCAUCAGCCCACGUUGCACACGGCGGCAGGUGCUCGACAUCACUAUGCAGCGCCACGUGGAGCACAUGGACGUGUGUCGCAGUCGGACAGCCUGUACUCGAUGAGUUCGACGGGAUCGGCGGGCUCCACGCUAUCGGGUUAUUCGCACUACUCCAAGACGUCUUCCAUAUCGAGCAGUGGCCCCUGCUCGCCUGCCUCGCCCGCGGCGAUCACUGCGUCGGCUGCCAGUGCCAAUCAUCUGGCACCGCCAUCACCCAAUACACACCAUCAUCAUAAUCAGCAUCAUAAUCAGCAUCAUAAUCAGCACCAUAAUCAGCAUCAGGUGAUCUCACCAUCGGGCUCAUCCUCCUGUUCCUCGACUAGCGUUGGCUCGCUUUCGCCGCGUGACAAUGGAGUACAUCAUUCACAUCAUGGCGGUUGCCCCAGCGGCUGCUCUGGCGCUGUGCCGCGCAAGCCGCUGCAUAUGCUGAGCAAUUCCGCCUCCACAUCCUCAUCGAGCAGCAGUAGUGGUAGUGCCAGCGGCGCCAUGACGCCCAUGAUGCCCACACACACAUACCCGGGAAGGCGACACGUCAAGAGUCGUCUGCUCGAUCUCCAGAAUCGACUGCCACCCAUUAAGGAGUUUCGCAGUCCUGCCAAAGUGCCUCAUCCCUCGCCGGUGCACGUCAGCAAUCCACGUUUUCGCUACGCCUCGUAUACGAAGUCAAGCGGCCAUGAACUGGCGCCUCUGCUGCGGGAAUCGGCAUCUCCGCCUCCGCCGCGUCGCCCCAGCCCGAUGAACAUACAGCUGAGCUGUACGGCACUGGCACCGCCACCACUGAAAGCUGGCGGCGCCAAGAUUUGUCCGGUUACCUCAAAGAACUCGCUACCCAAGAAUGCCUAUGUGAUGCCCAAGGACAAGAAACUUCCGAAUGGUGCUGGUGCCCCAAUAAAUAGCAAGGCGCCAGGCGGACGAAGUGCAUCAUUGGGGGGCAGCAGCAGCUCCACUUCCAAGUCAGGUGCGUGCGGCAGUUCCUCCGUCAUCGGUGGCGCUGCAGGGAGUAACUGUAAGCCACAUUCGUGUGCUUCGAGUCGAAGUUUUCCUCUUUUUACGAACAGCAGCAGCAACAAGGAGAAAGCCGACAACAAGAAGAACGAAUCCAUGGAGCGCAAAAAGAAGGAAGAGAAGCUCAAGAUGAAAGCUGAAAAGGAAGCCAGAAAGGAGGAGAAGCGUUUGGCCAAGGAGGAGGAGCGUCUAGCCAAGCUGCAUGCCAAGGAGGAAAAGAAACGCGGCAAGAAGGAAGCCAAAGAGCUAUUGUUGGCUAACGAUGGCAAUAAUAAGAAAUAAAGUUAAUUAACGUGCUAAGUUAAUGCUUAAAUCAUAAGCGAAACUCACGAAUAAAUUGCAUAUGUAUUAUAUCAAAUACACAAACACACCUCAUAAUCAUAUCCUAACACACACACACACACACACACACACACACACAUCCAUUAAUUAACGAGCUUGAUUGUAUUUAUAGGAUAUUUAUUUAAUUAGCCUUAUAAAUAACAUGAAUAAA